AAAAAAGUGAGGGGAAAAAUUACCCAGCCACGUAUUACUCGACAUAUUUUAAUUUCAACACGAAUAAGGUUUUUUCGGAUGAUAGAUGCGGUGUAUUAUUUAAUAAAUAAUUAAGCAUCGAUUUUGGACUCUCGCGCAUACGUUGGUGACAUCACGCGAUGUUUUUAGUGCUAUGGCGUACCAGGAAGAGGAGUCGCUUGAAUCUUGGCUCAAUAAAGCCACCCAUCCAACAAACAGACAGGAGGACUGGGAGUACAUUAUAGGCUUCUGUGAUCAGAUCAACAAGGAAUUGGAGGGUCCUCAGAUAGCGGUGACUCUGCUCGUCCACAAAAUCCACUCACCACAAGAAUGGGAGGCUCUUCAGGCUCUGACAGUAUUAGAGGCUUGUAUGAAGAACUGCGGGAGAAGGUUUCAUAAUGAAGUUGGAAAAUACAGAUUUUUGAAUGAGCUGAUUAAAGUUGUGUCUCCUAAGUACAUGGGUGACAGUGCACCUGAGAAGGUGAAGAUGAAGAUUGUAGAGAUGCUGUACAGCUGGACGGUUGCUUUUCCUGAUGAGGCCAAGAUCGGCGAAGCCUACCAGACCCUGAGAAGACAAGGCCUUGUGAUGCGUGACCCAGAGUUACCUCUGGACAAGACUCUGAUUCCCUCGCCCCCAACACGACCUAAACACCCGGUGUUUGACAACGAGGACAUGGGAAAGCUGCUUGCUGAGCUUCUCCGCAGUAAAAAUCCAGAGGAUCUCCAGGAAGCCAACAGAUUAAUUAAAAACAUGGUGAAAGAGGAUGAGGCACGAGUACAGAAGGUUACAAAGCGGCUGCACACACUGGAGGAGGUGAACAUCAACGUCAAGCUGUUGACUGAGAUGCUUUCCCACUACAAUAAAGACAGCUCCACCGACUCAGACAAGGAGAUCAUCAAGGAACUCUACGAGCGGUGUGACAAGCUGAGGCGUGCUGCUUUCAAAAUGGCCACUGAGACAGAGGACAAUGACACCAGUUUAGGUGACAUCCUGCAGGCCAGUGAUGAUCUCUCCAAAGUCAUUAACUCCUAUAAGAAGAUAGUCGAGGGGCAGCCGAUCAACGGUGACAGUGAAGAGCCUCAAUCUACAGCUGGUCACAGUGAGAGUGAGACCACAGAUACACUGAUCGACCUCGCCGGCCCUGACACUCCUAGCCCGCCUCAGCCCAUCAUCCCUCCUGCCCAGUCCUCACAUCCUGUCUCCGCCAAUCCCACGGCUUCUCCGAUACCCGUCCUGCCUCCUCCUCCAAAACGCCUGGCUGGCUCCCAUGGCAGUCAGAGCAGCAGCCCGAGUCAUCUCCCCCUCGACAAGGCCUCCACUGCUCUCUCACUCCUUGAUGAUGAGCUGCUGUCCCUAGGCCUAAAUGACCCCCCUACCUCUUUGAGCAGCCAAUCAAAACCCAAGUUGAAAGAAGUGUCCAGUCAAUGGACUUCCUUGCAGGCUCCAGCACCAAGUGUGGAUAUGUUUGGCAGUAUAACUUGUUCAGGUCCAGUGGUGCCCCCAGCUGAGCCAGCCACCAGCAUACACAGUCUCCAGAACCUGCAAGACCUGGCCAUGAUAGGCUUUUCAGAUCACAAGAGUUUGCCCAGCCAGAUGACGGCCAGAGGAAGCAACUUUGGAAUAAACCCUGCAGCAGUACCUCCCCUCGUAACUGGGCAGGGCUCUCCCUCCUCAGCCUCUCUUCUCCAGGGUACGAUGCCUGGUUCUCCUGCCCUGUCCCACGCUAGGGUACAGGGCCUGGGCUCGGCCCCGGGGAGCCCACUGUUUCGCUCUCUGUCGCCCUGCCACCCUCCCCUCCAGGGCAGCCCGGCCAGAGCCUCAGACAUCUCCCUGAGCAAUGUGCACGUCCCUCUGGAGGCCAUCAGACCCAGUAAAGUGCUGCCUGUGACAGCCUACGAUAAGGAUGGCGUUCGUGUGCUGCUCAACUUUGCAUCCGACUGUCCCCCCUGCAGACCUGACGUUCUCGUAAUGGUUGUGUCCAUGCUGAACACAGCGCCCCUGCCUGUUCACAAUGUGGUACUGCAAGCUGCUGUGCCCAAGUCAAUGAAGGUGAAGCUGCAGCCUCCAUCAGGAACAGACCUGGCACCAUUCAAUCCCAUUCUACCUCCAGCCUCCAUCACCCAGAUCAUGUUACUGGCUAAUCCAGCAAAGGAGAAAGUGCGUCUGCGCUACAAGCUGGCUUUCACACUAGGAGACCGUCUGUGCAACGAGGUCGGAGAGGUCGACCAGUUCCCCCCACCAGAGGCGUGGGGUCACCUAUAGCAGCAGCAUGCAGGCCUGUCAGCAGGGACAGACUGGUUCGUACUCCAUGAAGGGGUGUGUAUGUGUACUCACAUGCAUCCCAGAGAGAGAACGGAGGGUAAGGCGGAGGGGCGGGAGAAAUUCAGCUGCAUUGUUACAGUAACAAUAACUUUCAGCUUCACAUUCCUUAUAGUUGUUUUUCAUUUUCUGGCCAUUGUUAUUCUUGGCAGUGAGAUGUUGACAACAGACACUAAAAGUUUUCUUUAUACAAAGCUUGUGCUUUUCUGCAGAUAGCUAACAAAGCAAAGAUAUACACUGUUGAGGGAGAUAGCCACAGUGUUAACAGAUCGACGGUUUUGAGAUUAAUGUUUUAAUGGAUUUUCCCGAAUGUAUUUUAAAUAACAAAUGCAUUAGAGCUCUGCCUCAGUCUGAAAUGUUGCACUGCAGCAUUUCAAAUAUUUUAGAAGAAAUUAACCUCUACAUUGACAGAGCCUAAGAGACAUCUGUUGUGCUUUUAUUUAUUCCUCUGACUGAACACUCAUCCAGCCUGCAAAAAAAAAAUAUAUAUAUAUAUACUUGAAUAUUUCCAGAGAUUUGGAAAUGGUAUCUAGUAGAUUUCUUUACACUGGCAAAUUCAUCCUCUGAUUAAAAAGUACUGUUACCUAUUCAUUUCUGCAGGAAGAUGGUGGACUGAUUAUUGUACUUAUUAUGUGAUUAUUUGAGCCAUCAGGAUUUUUGAAGUGAACUGUGUUUAACAGUUAUUCUAGCUAAUGUAGCCCUGUGCUAGAUUAGUGGACCAACAAUGUUGACUACUGAGCUGUAAAGACAAAGUAAGGCAACCAACAGCACUGUACAUUUCAUCAUUUCAUUUUAAAUAAUGGAAUACUAGUUUUAUUUCAUGUGAUGCAUUUUUUCUUUUGAAAGUAAAAAGUAAUUUGCCCUUUUUUUUUGAAAGCACUGGGUAUCAGUAUUUUUGUUCUUUAUGUAAUAAUGUUAACUGUUCUGCCAGUCUCAGUAUUGGGAGUAUUUUUGUCAUAUUUAUUAUUUUCUGUUAUAGUAUUUCAGUGCAUCACUGAACCUAGAAAAUGUGAACUGAAAAAUCGGGAGUUUAAAUUUGGUAGCUUGAAAGAGAAAUCUGUCACCAGGGAGAUUAAUGUGCAGUGUGUGUGAUGGAGUGGAACUGUGCUGUGGGUAAAUUUUCAUAAAUCAUCAUCAGUCCGAUCCAGGUCCCCUCUCUGGUAGUCCUAAGCUUAUCAUCAUAUAGGAUGCAAAGAAGUGUGUUUAAUGUACAUAGUAUGUAAUGUAAUGUACCUAUCGUGUGUUGUAUGACAAGUUAUGUGAACAUGUGACAUGUAGAUUUUGGGAGCGUGUUAGGUCUGUACAUACUGUAUGAUGUGCCAUUUGUUCGCUGCAUGAAAAAAAUAAAUAUUUCUUUCAACA